AUGUCCCCAACAAUUGGAGAUGACGCAUGUUAUUCGUUCCACGAUGCCCAUGCAUUCAUGGAACAUGAGUACGACUUCCUCAUCAUUGGUGGCGGCACCGCUGGCCUUGUUCUUGCAAACCGACUCAGCAACGAGCCGCGCUUCGCUAUCGGUGUACUGGAAGCAGGGGUAAGUCAUCUCAAUGACCCACUAGUUGAUAUCCCGGCUAUGGCGACAGCGAUGGCCGGCGAUAAAGACUAUGAUUGGCACUUUGUUACUGCCCCCCAAGGACCCAAGGGCCUUCAAUGCCAUUUGCCUCGCGGUCGCAUGCUCGGCGGAUCAAGUGCAAUCAACUGGAUGGUCUAUACACGCCCUUCGCGUCAGGAUUUUGACGACUGGGCGUCCUUGGUGGGAGAUCCCUCUUGGGCAGCCGCCAGCAUGAAGAAGUAUCUGUUGAGGCAUCAGACCCUCGAACCGCUAGAUGAUGCCCUCACUGAGCGCACUGGUAUCGCCUAUCUCGCAGAGAACCACGGCCUGGAAGGACCUAUCCAUACCGGCUUCAACACCCUCCCUGUAACGCCUCUCGAGGAAGCUGUGUAUCACGCCGGCAUGGAAGCCAGCGGGCUGUGUGCCCCGCUUAUCGACCCCUGGGCCGGAGACCAUCUGGGAUUUUAUCGCAGUCUGGGCACCAUAUAUCGCUCUGGGCCGAACAAAGGCAAGAGAAGUUAUGCCGCCAGGUCGUACCUGGAACCAGUGCUUGACCGGCCAAACCUGCAUGUUCUUUGCAAUGCCCACGUGACCAAGAUCCAGCUGCACGGUAGCAUGGUCGUGGGGGUAGAGAUUGACCACUUAGGAGAGCAUUACCUUGUCAAAGCCAAGCGAGAAGUUCUCCUUUGUGCCGGUGCUCUGUCGUCUCCGCACAUUCUUCAGCUCUCAGGGAUAGGAGAUCGCGAGGUGCUCGAGAAAGCUGGAAUAGAGUGCAAGAUUGAGUCACCGUAUGUGGGCGAGAAUUUGCAAGACCACCCAGCCAUGAUUGUUUCUUAUGAGUUGAAGCGAGGGGUCAUCUCUGCGGACGCGAUGAAAGAUGAAAAGGUGCAGCGUGCGGCUCUGGAGGAGUACCACAAGCAAGGUGAUGGACCCUUGGCAAGCAUUAACAGCAUCCAAGGCUUCGUCCCUGUCCUGCCGCUGUUGAACGACAAUGACUUGGAAGAGAUCAGCCGAAGCGUCGAGUCACAACCGGGCGAGUCUUCAUUCCAGAAGGCCCAACGACAACACGUCCUGAGGCAAAUCAAAAACGCCCAGUCGGCAUUUAUUCACGUGUCGCCGACUCCAGUGACUGUGGACUGCUAUGCAGAAGGCGCUUUUGCCGAUCAAUCAAAGGUGUUUGUCAAGGCACUUCCUGAAGGAGCGCCGCACGGUUUUGGUUUUGCCGUCGGCCUGCAGUACACUUUUGCACAAGGGUGGGUGCAUGCGACAUCCAACGAUCCGUACGCCCAACCAGAAAUCAAUCAAAAUAUGCUGGGACACCCGGCCGAUAUAGUCACGGCAUCUGCUGCUUUAGAGUUUGUUCAGAUGCUGGUUGACAUUCCAUCAUUGAAGGAUCUGAUCGCCCGACGCACCUACCCUGGCGAAGAGCAGUAUGAUUUGCACAAGCAGGAGGACCGGCGCGAGCAUGCGAAGGGGGUCUGGGCGGCGCAGUAUCAUCUUUGUGGAAGCUGUGCGAUGGGAGAAGUGGUGGACACGAGGCUGAGAUUCAAGGGCGUCGAGGGCUUGAGGGUUGUGGACGCCAGCGUUUUCCCAAACCAUGUCAGUGGUAACAUCCAGAGUAGCGUGUACAUGAUCGCGGAGAAAGCAGCCGAUAUGAUCCUGGAAGACAAUCUGGGUUGA